UGUUGUUGUCUGUCCUAGGCAGUGUGUGUCACCUCGAAGUCCUCAACUCCCAAUCCCAACUGAUAAGAAAAACAAGUACAUCGGUACCAUGUGGGCUCUUUGGAUCCACUCAAUGUAAAACAACUUGAACUUACAUCACUCGUGUGUACCGUGUACUGUACUACUACUACUGCUACUACUUACUUCCCUCCCCCAAAAUACCCCCAUUUUCAAAAUCUUCUCAUUAGUUUUGGCUUUGGCUUUGGCUUUGGUUUUUUAUUUUAUUUUUUGUUCCAUAUUUUUCUUGGUCCAGCCACAGCCAGUACCAGUGACUUGGGGUUGGGUAUAUGGGAAAUUAAAAGCGUAUAUUGCAUCUGGGUUUUUCAUUUGAGAGUGAGAUUUGGUGGUUUUCCCUUCUGGGUCUGACUUAGAAUGAUGUCAAUGACAUGCCACAAUCUUGAUUUUGGUUUUACAAAAACUGUCUUUGAUUUAUAUGCUUGUGGCUGCUCUUCCAAUGCUUCCUUUUGCCGCUCUUCAGUAAGGAAUUAUGCGAAGUCCAGUUCUAGUAGUAGAAAACUGGUUGAUAGGCGGCGGGGCAUAGCUUUGUGUAGAGUGUCUUCAACGAGCUCUUCAGUAAGGAAUUAUGCGAAGUCCAGUUCUAGUAGUAGAAAACUGGUUGAUAGGCGGCGGGGCAUAGCUUUGUGUAGAGUGUCUUCAACGAAUACUCCUGCGACUUUGCUUAGUGGUAAGGUAGCUCAAGGUGUUCCACCAUUGUUGGAUUUGAAGGAAGAGUCAAGAGGCCCCAUUUCAUUGAAAAAUUUGUUUGAAUUGGUCGCUGAUGACCUUCAGACUCUGAACCAAAAUCUUCAGUCUAUUGUUGGCGCAGAAAACCCAGUUCUGAUGUCUGCAGCAGAGCAAAUAUUUGGUGCUGGGGGGAAGAGGAUGAGACCAGCUUUGGUGUUCUUAGUGUCAAGAGCAACAUCAGAACUAGCUGGCUUAAAGGAACUUACCACGGAGCAUCGUCGUUUGGCAGAGAUCAUUGAGAUGAUCCACACUGCAAGUUUAAUACAUGAUGAUGUAUUGGAUGACAGUAACAUGCGGAGAGGGCAGGAAACUGUUCACCAAAUGUAUGGUACAAGAGUGGCAGUGCUGGCUGGGGACUUUAUGUUUGCACAGUCCUCAUGGUAUCUAGCAAAUCUUGAAAACCUUGAAGUCAUUAAGCUUAUAAGCCAGGUUAUUAAAGAUUUUGCAAGUGGUGAAAUAAAGCAGGCGUCUAGCUUGUUUGAUUGUGACCUUAAACUUGAGGAGUAUUUGCUCAAGAGCUACUACAAAACAGCCUCCUUAAUAGCUGCUAGCACCAAAGGAGCAGCUGUUUUUAGUGGGGUUGACAGCACUAUUACUCAGAAAAUGUAUGAAUAUGGCAAGAAUCUUGGUCUGGCCUUUCAAGUAGUAGAUGACAUAUUGGAUUUUACACAGUCAGCAGAGCAGCUGGGGAAGCCAGCAGGUAGUGACCUUGUGAAUGGGAAUCUCACUGCACCUGUAAUUUUUGCACUGGAGAAAGAACCAAAACUGAGGGAUAUAAUUGAAUCUGAAUUUAGUGAGCCUGGUUCCCUAAAUGAGGCUAUUGAAUUGGUUAAAAGUUGUGGAGGCAUUGAGAGAGCACAAGAAUUAGCUAAAGAGAAGGCUGAUCUUGCAAUCCAAAAUCUCCAAUGUCUUCCAGAGAGUGCCUUUCGAUUAGCUCUGGAGGAUAUGGUGUUAUACAAUCUUGAACGGAUUGUUUAGUCAGAUAUGUUUUGAUUUAUAAACCACUACUUGAUAGAAUAUGCCAUUCUUGAUGAUUGUUACUUGAGCAUGAGGAAGGCUUAGAAUUCAACCCCCCGCCGCUACCUUAAGGAUUUUCUGCUAUAUCUGCACCAUAAUAAGCUGGUUGUGACACUGUAUAUUCUUUAUAGGUAUUGAGUCACAGCUCUACUUCGAGCUCCUACAUUAAUUAUUAAGUCACAGCUCUAUUUCAUAUAACCUGAUAAGAAAAUAAUGCUUAUGCAAUUGUUGUACUAUGCGCAAUAAAUACAUUGGGAUCACCAAAUAAUGUUGAGCAAUGCAGAUAUUUAUUUUUGUUCA